AUGCCGGCGACAACCCUCAUAUUUAUAGCUGCCCCAAGCGGCAAUCCUUCAUCCUUGGCCAACAACCCCACACCUUCACCGACUUCCACUCUCAUCACCCACAUCUCUCGGACAUACAGUCCCAAACCCAUGGGCCUAUAUACUCUGGAGCAUCGUCUGUUGAUCGACACUUCGUCUCUACUGCCUGGACACGCUGUACCUAGACGUUACACACAUUUCCUGACACUACCCUCUCAAUAUCCUGGCAAGACAUUUGUGGGAACCAGUAGUGCUGGCACUUUAGGUUCUGUGGCCCUUCCUAACGAGUUGGCCAAUGGGUCUGCCACCAAGCCAAUGGAUCCAUCUGGCGAGUUGACACUCAUCACCAUCCCGUCACAACCUGACACUCUCUUUCCUCUUCUAAUGCAGAGGAUGUCGCCAUUGUGGGUACCACGACAGGCGCACCGGGUAGAAGGCGGUGCAUCAUUUCUGAUUGGUGACUGGCAAAUUCGCAUUGGUGAAUUGAGGAUAUCAGGAGGCCAGGGUCAGGGGAGAGUAAGGGGCUGUGUUUGUGAGAUUGAGGGCCUGCUGGGUGAUAAUGAUGACGAAGAUGGUGAUACUCAGGAGAAUAAUGGGCUGGCGAGAGCCUUUUUGGACGAUCUUCUCCAAGGUAGUGGUGUAGAUGCCAGCGGGACCAUGGUCAUUAGACCUGUCGAAAGAGGAAGAGAUGGCUUGAUACGGCAGUACAUGGAUUUGUUGAAAUUCGCAAGGAGUUGA